UUGGACCCCGAAAACUGUAUCUGAGAAAGGUACGAACCUACUAAGGUUCAUUGUCACGUCUUCGUUGUCCUACUCAUCGAGCUCUUUGCACACACCUCUGCCUUUUUUCCCAAUCCUAGUGCCCAUGAACACCACCAUCUCUCUGCAUCCUACCUAUGAUAUAUGACCUUUGACACCAAUUCCGCAUCCGCUCCUUCAACCUGCAGUCUAGCUAUCCCGUCGCCACCACUUGAUGUUUUCGGAACAGCGCAUCACGACCCAGCGGCACGUCCGCGUCAAGAUCCAGCGUCAGAUCCCCUUUGCACUCAUUGUCUCUUCCCGUCAAUCUUUGUUGCCUCUGCCCACUACCUGGCGCCUUUGUAUUAUUUCUUCAGUGAUUUCCACUGCAUCCUGGUUUUUCUUCUUCUUGUACCUUGCAGUUCCACCUCGUACAUAGUGCCUACUUCUCCAUACAUGUUCCUGUCAAAUAUUGGUAGUCAUAAUUUCAAGUUGCACCUUUGCAGCCAUUGGAUAUCCGAAAAGCAACAUUCAUUGUACUGAUUCAAUUGUUCACUUACCUCCGAUUUGGUUGACAGGUGAUACAAUCAGGCCCACGAAACUCGUAGUUUCCUGAAACCGCUGAUCGGCAGGUUUCGGUUACCAUGAUAUGAAGUUCCUCACGACGAAUGAAUCCACGAGCACUGAUGAUAUUGACGGAUAAUCAGGUGCUCCGGGACCGUGCUAUUCGCGUGAUUUACGCAACUAUCCAAUGUUCCAUGCAAGCUGUCGGCUCAACUGACUGGAAGUUGGGGCUUUCAAGUAAUUCCAGGGUAAUUUCAAAAAGUUCUUACACAUCCAGAAGCAAGUGUAACGGAAGCACUUCAUCCUUGGGGUACUAUUCGCUUGACUUUCGCAAGUAUG